AUGCGGAAUAAGAAGGGUAGGGUCUCUGUGAAGCCUAUUGUGAAGAAGAAUCAAGCGAAUGUUGAUCAUGUCACUGGUGAUAAGAUCCCUAAGACGCUAGAUGGAUUUGAGAAAGCUCAUGCUUCCUUACACUGCUCUCAGUCUAAAGGAGAAGAAGCGGAACACUUUAAGAGACUUCUUGAAUGUGUCAGGUCCAAUGGGUGUUCGCAUUUCCUUAUGCUAUCGAAGACAGAAUCUGCAUUGUCUCUGAGGGUAGCAAGAACACCUCAGGGACCGACUCUCACAUUCAAGAUCCAUCAAUAUUCCUUAGCAUCAGAUAUAGCUCGCUCUCAGCUUCGUCCUAGAUGUCCUCAAGAUCUUUUCAAAAGUCCUCCUUUGAUUGUCCUUUCUGGAUUUGGUACUCAGGAGCUGCAUUUGAAGCUUGCAACUAUUAUGUUCCAGAACAUAUUCCCUUCUAUCGACAUCAACACUGUCAAGCUUUCCACAUGCCAGAGACUAGUGCUUUUGCACUACAACAAAGACACAAAACUCGUUGAUUUCAGGCAUUACUCGAUAAGGCUUCAGCCUGUAGGAGUGUCUCGUAUGAUCAGAAAGUUUGUGCAAAACCAUCAGGUCCCUGAUCUUAGGAACCUGCAGGAUGUUAGUGAUUAUGUCACCAAUGAAGGAGAUGAAGAAGCGGCAACAGUUACACUAUCGUCUGAUCUCGGCCGAGUUAACCGGAGUUCCACAAAGAGCGCGGUGAAGCUGCAAGAAAUUGGACCGAGAAUGACGAUGCAGCUCGUUAAAGUUGAGGAAGGAUUGUGUUCAGGAGGAAUCAUAUUCAGUGAAUAUGAAAACGUGGAUGAAAAGAAAGCGCAGAAGAAGCAAGAUGGGGAUGAAGAAGAAGAUGGUGAUGAUGAUAGCGAAGAAGAAGAAGGUGAAGAGGGUAGUGAAGAAGAUGGGGAAGACAUGGAUGAAGAAGAUCUUGAAGAUUGAAAAUAAUUUAUAGUGUAACAUUUUGUGUGUCUUUACAUCAAAGUUUUGUUCUGUAGAUCUCUUAAGAUAUUAGUUUUCCAACAAAGAAAUGCUUGUGAAUUAUUCGCACAAAAAAAGAGAGAAAUGCUUAUGAAUUUAGUCUGUCUUAAUUUCUAUUUAUCUUUCUUUUAGUCUUUCUUUUUCUCUCAAACAAAA